UGAAGUUCCUAGCUAUCUCUAGCCAUCUAAUCUCAUUGUGCUGGAGUCCCAAUGAAGGUAAGCGGGGCCGCGGUGGCGUUUUGUGUUUACCUGAGGCACCUGUCUCACUGCCUGGUGUUGUGAGCACACACAUUCACGCCUGCCCUCGGCCGAGAGAGGACAAAACCGACUGCUACAAGGAUGAAGAGGCUCCUGAUCCUCUCCCUGCUCCUCUGGGUGUGUGUGGUCUUCUAUGUGGGCAUCUACCUGUUUGUGGGGGGUUUCCUGCUGGUGAGGCUGGAGGUGAACAGGACCAGCACCUGCGGGGAUGUGCUGCACCCCGGAGAGGAGCAGGGCGACUUCUGCCAUGUUAAACCCCGCUUUCGCAGGGCCGUCCUUCUCAUCAUUGACGCCCUGAAGAUUGACUUUGCCCGUUUUGACCCCACCAACGCAACACCGCGACAUUAUGAGAACAAGCUGCCCGUGCUGGAGGAAACGGCCUCGUCCAGGCCGUCGCACAGCCGCCUGUACCCCUUCCGUGCCGACCCGCCUACCACCACCAUGCAGAGGAUCAAGGGCUUCACCACCGGCUCCCUGCCCACCUUUAUUGACGUUGGUAACAACUUUGCCUCCAGUGCCAUCUUGGAGGACAACCUCAUUCACCAGCUGGGGCAAAUAGGCAAACGGGUGGUGUUCAUGGGUGAUGAUACUUGGGAAAGUCUUUUCCCCAAGAAGUUCUACCGCUCGCUGCCCUUCCCCUCUUUCAACGUCAAAGAUCUGCACACUGUGGAUGAUGGGAUCCUCCAGCACCUCUACCCAACCAUGGUGAGUGAUGACUGGGACGUCCUGGUGGCUCAUUUCCUUGGAGUGGAUCACUGUGGCCACAGGUUUGGACCGGACCACCCAGCCAUGGCCGACAAGCUCACCCAGAUGGACGGGGUCAUCAGAUCUGUGAUCGAGCGUUUGGAGAACGAUACGCUCUUGGUGGUGAUGGGAGACCACGGGAUGACAGACACUGGAGAUCAUGGUGGAGAAAGUCAGAAGGAGACGGAUGCUGCUAUCUUCCUGUACAGCCCCUCCCCGCUCUUUCCCAAGCUCCCAUUCCAGAGUGAGCCUGACGUGGUCCCGCAGACAGACCUGGUGCCGACACUGGCUCUGUUGCUGGGAGUUCCCAUCCCAUACAGCAGUGUGGGCCAGGUCCUCCUGCCCCUGUUCCCUCCUCAUGGCCAGACAGAGGGUGCAGUUGGAGGACUCAGCCAGCUGGAGGCGCUGUGGAUUAAUGCCAAACAGGUCAAUCGUUUCCUCAAGACUUACUCCGGUAUGGCCAAAGACAUCCCAGCAGAGAGCCUGUCUAAGCUGCAAGAUGUAUUCUCCCGUGUCUCCUCUGACUACCUCAGCACUGUUGGAAAGGGUCAAACACCCUCUCCAGAGUUGGCUGCCUCCCUGCAGGCCUAUCUCACCUCUGUCAGAGACACCUGCCGAGCUACAUGGGCCCGCUUCAGCCCACUGAAGAUGGCGGCAGGGUUAGCCAUCUUGGCGUUUGCCUGCCUGCUAUGUUUCAUCCUCUCUGAGCUGUCGUGCGUGCUGAUCAGGGAGAACGUGCUGAGGGCUCCAGUUGUGGCAGCACUCUCUGUUGGGGUUUGUGUGGCUGCAGGCCAGCUUUUCACCCAAGGCUACAUUGAGGUAGCAUGGUGCCUGGCAGCUGCAGCCCUCAGCUCUGAACUGCUCUUCCUCUGGAGGGCUCAUCGAGUUAGGACAUCUGUCGUGGCUGGGAAUGGAUCUAAAGCUCCAAAGCGGGCGAAUUGGUUGACUCUGCGCCAUCUCCUUGUCCCUCCCCUCUUGGUGUCACUCCUCCGCUGUGCCUCCCUGCUCUCAGAUAGCUAUGUGAUAGCUGAGGGCCGCGUAGUCACCUUUCUGGUGUUCUCUCUGAGUUUAUAUAUUCCUAUCCAUCUCAACUGGGACGGCCUGCUACUGCCACCUAGCCAUGACCCGCUGAAACCUGCGGGGCUGCUCCCUUCCCCAGCCCUGUCCCCCUCAGCGGUGAGGAAGGAAAGUAGCACCCUUGUAGCCUGCUUGGGACUUCUGGUGGGCAGCCUCUACCUCUCUCUCUCCUUCCAUGGCUGCCGAGAAGAGCAGGGUACCUGCCAGCCAUCCCCCUUCCUCUCACCCCUCUCCCGGUUACAGGACAACAAGUUGAAGAACCUCCACUAUGUUCUCUCUCUGGCCUCCCUGGGCCUGUGGACCUACCUGCUGAGGCGCUGGCUCCGCCACUAUGGUAACCUCAACUCCUCAGGUGGGACAGUGUUCACAGCCCGCGUGAUUUUACCACUGCUGUCUGUCUGCCUGGGGCUCCACUGGGCAGUUAGUGCCACUCCAGAGGACAGCUUUAGGAAUCUGGCAGACCUGAUCAGCCUGGCUCAGCUGGCCCUCCCCAGGGCUGCCUUCUGUCUUCUGGGUCUGGGGCUCCUCCUGAUCUGGCUAGACCCCCUCACUGUGUUUGUGAAGACCAGGACUGUGGCUCCAGCCAGGGGUUCAUCUCUACCUCCGCCCCGCUACCGAGCAAGCACUGGCAUCAGCCCCCAAGCAGAGCUGCACCACCUCAUUCCCCAGAUCUACCAGCGAAUGCGUCGCUCCUUGGAGGAUGGCGAGCUGAGUGGGGGAGCCGAGUUGGACAGCAGGCCCGCUGUGGAGGCCUACGGACUGGGAACUGUCUACUCUGCCCCCCUGCUGCUGUUCUGCGGCCUGCUGGGAAUAGGUCUGCUGCUGUUGCACCCAGAGGGCAUGGCGCUGUCGUUCCUCCUGCUGCUACUACAAACAGGAGCCUUGUUGCACAUUCACGCCUCCUCCACUGCCCUCAACAGCCUGCACGGCGCGCACUCUGGUGGGUUUGAUGUACCCUGGACUCCAGUGGUGUUGUGGUCCCUGGCUGCCACCCAGUUCUUUCACGCCACAGGUCACCUGCCCACCUUCCCCUCCAUCCAGUGGAACGCCGCCUUUGUGGGCUUCCCUGGCGGACACACAGGCACCAUACUGCCCGCCUCACUGGUCACCCUCAACACCUUCGCCUCACACAUCCUGUUUGCAGCGGGCUGUCCGUUGCUCCUUUUCUGGCCGCUGGUGUGCGAGGUGCGUGGGAGCAGGGGAGUGAGAGCAGUCGGGGAAGAUGGAGAGGAUGCUGUGAUGGAGAUGAGACUGAGAGAAAAUCCCCAGCAAUUUAGCUCAGCUCUCCUCCAGCUCUCAACACGCUACCUCUUUAUCCUCGGAGCACAGGUCUUUGCAUCAGUCUGUGCAGCUGCUAUCCUCAGGAGACACCUAAUGGUGUGGAAGGUUUUCGCACCCAAGUUAAUGUUCGAGGCCUCAGGGUUCCUGGUGAGCUGUGUGUUUCUGCUGAUUGGUGUCACUUUAGUGUCGAGAGUAGACAUGGCUGUAGGCCGCUGGUUUAAGAGACUCCUGCCUGACGAAUCGAGGUAGCGACAGUGCUGCUGCUUGACCACCGAAGCCCAUCAGAGCCCACUGUGCCACAUGGGGGAAAUGGACAUGGUGGUCGUUGGGAUGUUUUCAUAAAGACUCUUCACAAAAAAAUUGCCAUUAGUGUCUAUCAUAGGAUCCACAGAAACAUGUCAUAUGAGGUUGCCUCUUAACUCUCUUGAGGGCUAUAUUGUACACUACUGACACUGAGGCCUGCCUCCUUCUCUGCCAGAGGGACAACAGCACAGCAAAUUGUGAAUUGACCAAACUCUGAGCCUCUGGACUCGGUACAUAUUGAAAGCAUUGAAUGGUUUUUUUUAUACAGUGUUUUAGGUGAUAAGCUUGUGAACUUCCUCACAAAACAGAUAGGGUUUAUGGCCUCUGGGCCCUGUUGUGGUAUCUGGUCAUUUUGAGAGAACAGGGCCAACAGGAAAUUGCUGAAUGUUUUCCUAAUGCUCAGUUUCAAACAAUGGAUGAAAACAUCAGAGCCUGGCGAGCCAGACAAUCUUAUGAGUUAUUCACAGCAACACAGUCAAAGCUGCAUUAAGUACAUAU